AUGGCGGAGCAGAGGCGGGGCACGGUCGCGGCCGCAGGCGACGUGAAGCGGCGCAGUGGGUGGCGACGGGGUCGCAGGCGAGGUGCUAGUGCGAGUGGGGGCGCGGGAUGUGGUGGCCGAACGCUGGCGCGCGUGGGCCGGCGGCGAGAUGCGUGCGCGCGGCCGGAGCGCGUGCGGGGCGGUGGUGGCUGCGAGUGUGCGCCGGAGCGCGUGCGCGACAAAGAGGAGGGGAAGGCGGGGAGGUGUUCCUCCCCCCGUUGUAGAGGUGCGGGCGGCGUGGCUCGAGGAGGAGGACGAGGAGGCGACGAUGACGGUGGGUGGCUCCGGCGAAGCAGUGCGGGACGAGGCAGCGAUGGUGUGCGACGGGGCGGCGCCGGCGACGCCGUCAGGUGA